UCAGUGGACAGGUGCUACCGGUGCCUUGAGUCCGGGCGCAAGUCUUAUGACUGCAAGGGCCCAGACCGAAGCAAGAUGUGUCGUCGCUGCCAGUAAGAAGCAGGCCCGGAACCAUGCUAUGGGCGGGCCUGCGUGUCCCUUCGGAGAAGCCAAUCGAAAAAAGCCGUGCAAGUAACACAGCUGAAUCUGAAUCACUGUGCACCUGCCCAGCAACUGCUGUGGCAGGCGGUCUCGGAGUCGAGGACCGAUGUCGCCCUCCUGUUCGACCCGUACAACGUCCCUGCCGACAAUGGCAACUGGGUGGCGAACGGGUCUAGGUCGGCGACAAUCUGCACAACGGGAAGGUACCCCGUUUAAGAGGUUGUACACUCCUCCGCGGAGGGUGUCGCGAUAGCCAAGAUCAAUAGGGUGUUCUAUUGUAGCUGCUACGCCCCACCAAGGUGGCCAAUGGAACAGUUCAACCAGAUGAUCGACAGGCUAUCGUCCGACCUAGUAGGUCGGAGCCCGUUCGUUAUAGCGGGAGACUUUAAUGCUUGGGCAGUGGAAUGGGGCAGCCGCUGCACCAAUCAGAGGGGACAAGCGUUACUCGAGGCACUUGCAAAACUCGACGCAGUGCUUGUCAAUGACGGAGCCAGUAGCACGUUCCGUAGGAAUGGGGCCGAGUCAUGGAUAGAUGUAACGUUUGUCAGCCCCGGUCUGGUCUCUGACCUGGACUGGAGGGUAGACGAGGGCUACACCCAUAGUGAUCACCUAGCAAUUCGCUUCAAGAUCAACUAUGGUGUGCAGCGUCCGAGGGCGGGUGAUCCCUGUCAGGUCCGUGGGUGGAAGUCCAAUCACUUCUACAGCGAAGUUUUCACCGCGGCCCUGGGACUGGAGGCCAACACCGACAAUCUAAGCGGGGAUGCGCUGGUAGCUGUCCUAUCACGCGCGUGCGAUGCUACUAUGCCGAGGAAAGCCCUGCCAAGAAAUGGCAGACGCCCGGCAUACUGGUGGAGUGCCGAAAUUGCAGCCCUACGAUCAGCCUGCCUCAAGUUUAGACGUAGGACGCAACGAGCCCGCACCGAGGAGGAAAGAGCGGUCCGCCGGGAAGUGUUUCGAGCUGCAAGACUGGCCCUUAACAAGGCCAUUAAGAGCAGCAAGAGAGCGUGCUUCGACAACCUGUUUUUCCUUAUCACUGGCCAGCCUGUAUUCAGCAAAACCACAAUAACUCAACUAAAAGGUUGA